AAAACCAAAUAAAAAAAUUACAUUCCAUUGACUGGUGCUGUGACCACCGGGUAUCAAGUUCUUCUUGAUAACCUUCUUAGAUGAUUGCCGAAGCGCCAACAAUACAAAACAAUGAUUAACGAUUCAUUUGAGUUUUCUUCUGACGACGAAUCAGAUUCAAAUCCACAUGAAAUGGACGGAAAUAAUUCAGAUGUAGAAUGCGGGCUAUCUGACUUGAAUGGAUUAAGUUUGAACUCAUAUCAUAGCAAUGGACCAAAUACAUUUGCUCAGAUGCAGCAAGGCGAUUUAGAUCGGCAACGUCUGCUGGGUGAUCGACAGAGAAGCGGUGUCUAUGAGAGUGUAAUAGAAGACGGUCUUGAAGGCCUAGAACAUCAAGAAAGAUACGAAAGAUUACUUCGCCGUGCGCAAGUUGAAGACUUAAAUGAAGUUUCUGGAAUCGGAUGCCUUUACCAAAGUGGUGUAGAUCGUUUGGGUCGGCCUGUGAUUGUUUUUUGUGGGAAAUGGUUCCCUGCUCAAGAUAUUGACUUAGAAAAGGCACUCUUGUACCUGAUAAAACUUCUGGAUCCAAUUGUUAAAAGCGAUUAUGUAAUAGCGUACUUCCACACAUUAACUUCAACAAACAAUUAUCCCUCACUGCAUUGGCUACGUGAGGUUUACAGUGUACUGCCAUACAAAUACAAGAAAAAUUUGAAAGCAUUCUAUAUUGUUCAUCCAACGUUCUGGACUAAGAUGAUGACGUGGUGGUUCACAACAUUUAUGGCUCCUGCAAUCAAAGCAAAAGUUCACUCUUUACCUGGCGUUGAGCACUUGUACUCUGCUAUCUCCAAAGAUCAACUAGAAAUUCCCGCAUAUAUUACCGAAUACGAUAUGGCUACAAAUGGACUUCACUACUUUACUCCAGUUCAAACGCCCACAUAGGCCAGACUACUUUAUUAAAAAAAAAAAAACAAAAAGAAAAAAAUUCAAUACAUAAAAAAAUUAUUAUUUAUAUUUUAAGUCAAAAAUCUAUUAUUAUUGUUACUUUCUAUAAUUUUAUGUUUAAUUUAGUUUAAUUUUUUGUUCUUCAUUAAAUCUUAACAAAAACAAAAAAUAAUCUACUGUUUUGGAUAUAAAACUUAUUUAAAAUUAAAAAAAAAAAGAAAAAAAACAA